AUGCCCCUCCUCUCCUCCGCCGUCCCCCGCGACGAUCCCCAGCAGCGCCCCCAGCCCGUCGACCGUCCGACGCGCCCCGUCAUCGUCCCACACACCCAGCCCCGUCCGUCCCAGCCCCAGCCCCAGCCCCAGCCCCCCUUCCCCUCCGUCGCGCCUGCAGACGUACAGCCCCUCCUCGACGACCCACACACCCUCGUCCUCGACCUCCGCCCCCUCGGCACACACCAUGCCUCCCGCCUCCCCAACGCCAUCCCCCUCUCCGUCCCCUCCACCCUCCUAAAACGCCCCCUCUACUCCACCGCCCGCCUCGCAGACAUGCUCCCCACCCCCGCGACCCGCCGCAAGUUCUCCCAAUGGCGCGCCGCGCGUCGCAUCCUCGUCUACGACGCGGACGCCUCCCUCAUCCCAGACGGCAGCAACAUCCUCGGCUUGCUCCGCAAAUUCCGCCUCGAGGGCGCACAGCCAGAUCCCACAGCCGACCCCUCCCACCCUGCCCCGCCCGACUCCCACAAUCGCGAGCUCGUAUGGCUCAAGGGCGGAUUCCAGGCCGUCUGGCGCGACAGACGCGACCUCAUCGACACGUCCCCCCUCCCACUCGAAGACGACGACGACGACGGAUCCCCCCCGCCCCCCACUUCCGUCCUCUCCCGCGCCGGCGACAAGCCCUCCGCUCCGCUCCCCCUCAACCCACCCCCCGUCCUCCGCACAAAGCAUCUCCCCAUGAGCGCCUUUGGCGUCGUCUCCACCACCUCCCUCCAGCGCCACUCUCCCGCCCUCGCAAGAUCCCACCCCCAGGCAUUUUCCCUCUCGCUCCCCAUCUCCCGCGAGCCCUCCUCGCGCAUCUACCCGGCUGCAGCCCCCUUGCCUACCGAUUCCACACGUCCGUCUCACUUGCCCCCACAGACGCCCCGCGUCUCAGGCGCACCGUCCCACUCGCCCGCCCCGCUUCAUCCCUCGGGGCCCCCCAUCGCCACCCCGAUCACCACUUCCUUCUCGCAGUCCUACGACCGCCCGCACCCGCCUGCCCCGCAGCAGGUCGCGUACAAUCCCUUCUUCGACGCCGUCCGCCAGAACCUCGAGCUCUCGCACGGCAUCACAGAGCGCAUCCCCUUGCGCAUCGGCCGCGCCGAGAAGCUCCGCGUCGGCGACCUGCCCUUUCAGUGGCUGAGGGAGAUCGGCCGCUGGGCCGGCGUCGAGGAUGAGGAGGAUGGCCGCUUGGAAGGCGGUGGGGCGGACGCGCAAGGCGAGAACGUGGCCGCGAGCGGCAGCGGCAGCAGCAGCGAAAGCGAAAGCGAGAGCGAAGACGAGAGCGGAAGCGCGAGUGGGAGCGGGCAGGAAAAGGAAGAUCAGAACGCCGAGAUGGAGAUGGAGCAGCGCGGCCGACCGCAGGCCGCCGCCCACGCGCACACGCACGUUCACUUUCCCUCCUCGUCCCCCUCCUCCAGCCCCGCCCCGGCCCCGCACGCGUCCGCGCGCCCGCGCACCACGUCGCACCCGCACGCGGUGGUCAAACCGGAGAGCGUCGUCGAGGGCUCCGAGGCGCUCGCCAUGCAGUUCUAUCGCAUCGAGCUCGGCGAGCAGAGGCGGCUCAUGGGCGUCAUGGCGCACCACUCGCGCGAGAGCGGCACCGUCGUCGCCUCCGCCGCCGCCGCCGCCGCGGCGCUGCCCACGUCCCCGCUGUCAGCCGGUACGUCCGCCUCUGGCUUUGUCUCUUCCUCCGGGUCCGUGCCAGCGUCUGCAUCUGGACCGUCGUCGGCGCUGCCUUCGUUCUCGCCGCCGCCUCCCGCGAGCGCGAGCGGGAAGAAGAAAAAGAAGGACAAGGCGCGGGCGAGCAAGGCAAAGGCGAGAGCCAAGGCCGAGUUCCCGUACAGCAUCACGGCCGGGAUCGAGAAGGGGGCGAAGAACAGAUACCGCAACAUCUGGCCGUUCGAGCACACGCGCGUGCGCCUGCAGAAGCAGAAACCAAAGUCGCAGUCGCAGCCGCCCGUGGCGCCGGUGGCCGGCGCGCCGUCCGCUGCGGGCGCGCUGCACUCGCUCUGGCUCCCCUCGCCCGCGCCGUUCCUGCCUGCGACGACUCUUGGAGCACCCCCGUCGGGGCUGGCGUCCCGUCUCCCACCGGCGCUCACCAAGAACCUGUCGUUGCCGGCUUCGCACCUCCAGUCGCAGUCGCUGCCGCCGCUCACGACGGGCGCGGAGGAGGACAGCGACGACUACGUGAACGCGUCGUACGUGCAGCCGCUGGGAACGCGCAAGCGGUACAUCGCGACGCAGGGCCCCCUGCCCGAGACGUUUACGGAUUUCUGGACGCUCGUGUGGGAGCAGAACGUGCAUGUGAUCGUGAUGCUCACGCGCGAGGUCGAGGGCGCGACCGUCAAGUGCGGGAAUUACUGGUCCGGCGAGGUGUUUGGCCCGCUCAGGCUCAAGCAGGUCGAGGUCACCGGCGCGGCGGAGGAGGCGGCGCAGAGCGAUCGCAUUCGCCCGGGCGAGAACUCGUUCUUCCCCGUGCCCUCCACCGCCUCCGCCGCCCGCACGGCCACAUCUGGCGCGGACGACAAGGGAAAGAAGGGCGGCGCCACGGCGGGGCUGCCCGACUCGACGGUGAAGCGCGUGCUCGAGCUGUCGCACACGGGGUACCCGCACCUGCCCCCGCGGCGCGUCGUGCAGCUGCAGUACCUCGCGUGGCCGGACCUGAACGUGCCGGACGACGCGCGCGGGGUGCUCGAUCUCGUCGACGCGGUCGAGCGCGAGGCGUCGCGCGCGGAGGAGUCGCGGGGCGCGUGGGAGCGCAGGCAGCCGCUGCGCUCGCCGCCGCCCGUGCUUGGGAUGCGGAUCGGGAAGCGGUCGGGGAGCGGGUCGGGGAGCGGGUCGGGGAACUCGAGCAGCAACGCGAGCGAGCGUGGAGGAGGAAGCGGCGGCGGCGGCGGGGCGAGGCGGAGCAGCGACGGGUGGGGCGGGCUGACGAGCGGGAGUAGCCGGAACGGAUCGACGAGCCCUGGCCUGGACGAGGUGGAUUCGGACACGGGGAUCAUGGCGCACGCGCUGGGCGAGCGGCCGCUGCUGCUGCACUGCUCGGCGGGAGUCGGGCGCACAGGCGGGUUCAUCGCCGUCGACGCGGUGCUGGACGGGAUCCGGCGGGAGAUGCGCAAGCGGCGCGAGGCGCGCCUGCGGGUGAGCCGCGCGAACAGCGGGAGUGGGAGCGGGAGCGGGAUCAACAGCAGCGGGAGCAAUUCGGACGGGGACGAGAGCGGCGGUGGCGGAGGCGCGGUGAAGAUGGAUGUCGACGCGGGCGCGGUGGGCGCGGGUCCUGGGCUCGUCGCCCACGUGCCUGUCGUGGGCAUCAGCACCGUCCCGCGCACGCCUGCCACCGAGGGCGUGCCGAUGGACAUCGACUCGCCGAGGAAGGGCGUCGGCGCGCUGCUGCCACUGCCCACCGGGCUCGACCGCCCGCCAUCGUCGACCCUGUCGCUCGUAUCGGUCCCGCCGUCGAGCGCAUCGCCGGCCUCGCGCUCGCUGUCCCCAGAGGUCGUCUCCGAGGCGGGCUCGUCCGCGUCGUCGUCGAGCCUUCCGCUCGCCGCGGCGCCGCGCGGACACACGUCGCUGUCGCUGCCGUUUGGACGCCUGGGCACGCAAGCGCAGGAGGGGCAGCUGCAGCGUGGGGGAGUGGGUGGCCAGGGCCUGCAGGCGGCGCUCGCGGCGAAUCUUCGGGCGCGCACGUUUUCGGCGCCGAGUUCGGGGCAGUCGGGGGGUAGGGUGCUCGUGCCGAGCGCGUCCACGCCGGCGCUCGGGCACGCGCCGACGUCCGCGUCGCCCCCGGCCCUGUCGCCGCCCACGCGCUCGUCGCUCGGGUUCGGGUUCACGAUGGACUCGGACUCGCCAUCGACGAGCUCGAAGCGGUCGACCGCCUCGUCGUCGUCUGUGUUCUCGGCGACGCGCGGCGGGAGCAGUAACGAGGGCGGGUGGCCGACGGACCCGUCGUCCGUGGAGGGCCUCGCGGCGAAGGGCAAGGGCGCGCUCGGCGCGCCGGUCUCGCUCGCGGCGCAGAGGGAGCGCGAGAGGACGGAGGACACGUCGCCGCCGCGCGUGAGCUCGCCCCUGUCGCCGCCGCCCUCGCACUCGCACUCGCACUCGCAAACACAAUCUCACGCGGCGUCGCAAUCGCGCUCGGGCUCGCAGUCGCAGGUGCAGUCUCCGCCGGCGUUCGACUACGCGGUGCCGCGGCGGCUGCACGACGGGAAGAGCGCGCCGACGCUGCUGUCGACGCUGGACGAGCCGAUCCGGCGCGUGGUGGAGGACAUGCGGGAGCAGCGGAUGAGCCUGUGUCAGAGCCUGCGGCAGUACGUGUUCGUGCACCGCGCGGUGAUCGAGGGCGCGCUGCGCAUGGUCGACGAGGAGCGCGCGAUGUAUGGGGAGGCGUGGAUGGACGUCGACGGCGAGGAGGAUCGGCGCGAGGCGAGCGGGACUGGGAGCGGGAGCGCGACGGACGCGGACGACGCGGGGCUCGUUACGCCCGGGCCCGGGCGCCAUCAGCACCCCCAUGCGCACCGGGACCAGCACCGGGAUCAGCAUCGCGACGCGGAGAUGCGGCUGAUGGACGGGAGCGACGCGGCUUCCAGCCGGCGGAGCGCGAGCGCGAGCAUCGCGGAGUCUAUGGAUGCCCCGCGCGCGUUUUACCCGUCGCACGCGACGCUGCCCGCGAUGCAAGCCUUGACGAUGCUCGGCGCCGGCGACGGCGGCAGCAGCAGCAGCAGCAGCAUCAGCGGGGGCAACAGCCACUUUGGCGGCGGCGUUGGAGGCGGCUCGGGGUUGAAGGGGAAGCGCGGGGCGAGCCCGACGGAGCUGCCGAAGGAGGACAAGAUGGGCGAGGUGCGGCUGUCGAAGCGGCCGAGCUUGAAGCGGCGGCAGCGGAGUAGCGACGAGGGCGCGUUGGCGCUGGCGCAGGCGCAGGCGCUGGGCGAGGGCGAGGGCGCGCCUGGGCUGUGGUAG